AUGGACAGCUGGAGAGUAGCCGUGCUGGGCGACGGUGGUGUUGGGAAGACGGCCCUGGCCGUGCAGUUCACUCUCAACUGCUUUACCUACGAUCCAACAAUAGAAGACGCGUAUAGAAAGCAACUUGUUGUUGACAACAGAAUGUGCUUUGUAGAAGUAAUUGACACGGCAGGGCAAGAGGAAUACGCAACACUGCGUGAUCAAUGGGUCCGCGAGGGCCAGGGUUUCAUCCUUGUAUACUCCAUCGCCUCACGAGCAACGUUCGACCGAUUGGAGGUCUUCCGCCAAUCCAUGAUCCGAGUGAAGCGGCAAAAGCCGAUAUUUAUGCUUGUUGGCAACAAAUGCGACAAGGCGUACGAACGAGAGGUGUCGCGAGAGGAGGGGUUGGCCAUGGCCCGAGCGUUCGGAUGCGAAUUCCUCGAGACCUCUGCAAAAACGGCACAAAACGUGGAACGCUUAUUCACGAGCCUAGUACGCAUGCUCCGGAUGACGAAACAGCAGUCAGAACAAGGAGCUCAAGUUCCUGGAAAGCAGAUGAAGGAGGAUCGGAAGAAGAAGUGUAUUAUCAUGUAG